AUGUCCAGCUUAAGCUCAGACUAUGAGUCUUCUUCCUACACAGAGUACACAGAGUCAGAAGCAGAAAGUGAUAGUGUCUGGAAUGAGGAAUACCGCACAACAAUCCACGUGAACCACACCGCAGAGGUAGAAGACAUUAUCCGGGAGCAUGUCGACAUCACGGCGACAAACGCAAUCAGGCUUAAUCAACAUUAUAAAACAAAGCUUAUUAUGCUUCGUGUGGAACUGGAAGGAAUGCUUUUCCGAUGCAAAAAUCAUCUACGAGAUGUUGAAAAAAACCUCGAUAAUAUUCGAAAUAACCUGACACCACAAAAAUGUCGACUUCUUCGACAACCUCGUCAUCCCGGUUACAUUUGCGGACAACCGUUUUUCAAGGAUCACGAGCUAUACCCGGGACCUCAUAACGAGGAUUAUUUAUAUCGUAAAAACGUGAAGAAAGAAUUUUUUCCGCUGGAUAUGUUUGAAUCCACCGAAACGUUGUGGACAAGCAGAGACAAACAGUCUCUACAGAAAGCUGUCUGGAGCCAAGCGGCCGAGUUCUUGCAACGAGAAAGUGACUUACAAAUGAAAAUGUGCAACGACUCCACCAGAAUGGCGGCGAUCAUAAAAGACAGAACGACAUUAAAAGGGCUAUCUUUGCAACAAAUCUGGUGUAUGGCAAAAGCGUAUGAUGAUGGUAAGUAUGGCCGUCAGCAGUUUACGGUGGACUGGAUGAAAAUAUCGAACACAGUCAUCCAUGGACGUCAUACGGCUAGUUCAUGCGAAGGUAUGUGGAAUAAUUAUCUCAUGCCCAGCUUGAGAAAGACCAUGUGGAGAACGGACGAAGAAGAAAAGUUAGUUGCAGCCGCUAGAACACAUAAAUGUCAACGUUGGGAUCUUAUAGCGCAAUCUGUUGGACAACGAUCGGAAUACCAGUGCUUUGUACACUAUCAGACAAAUUAUUCGGAAUUGUCUCAGACCAAGAAAAUGCCUUGGACUGCGGAGGAAGACGAGCUGCUGUUAAAACUUACAGAAGAAAACCGUGUCGGAAAUAACAUUAUUUGGAACAAAAUUGUAGAACGCAUGCCUUAUCGGAACAAGGUGCAGGUGUACCAUCGCUACAAGUACACUCUGUUGCGCCCUCUUAGAGGUGCUAAAUUUACAGCCGAAGAGGACUGUGUUAUUACUGCGUACGUGCAGCAGUAUGGGGAUGACUUUAAGUUUUUUCCAGAUGAACUCCUACCGGGGAGAACAACGAAGCAGGUUUGGUCUAGAUACAAAAACACACUGCAGUUUGUUAACACGCACGUAGGUUGGAGUCUUGAAGAGGACCGAAGAUUAAUGGGAUAUAUCGCGCAAAAUCUCACCGAGGAAGGUCCGCAACGGAUUUCCUGGGCCGAUUGUGCCAAACAUCUAGGGAAUCAUUCCCGUUUGAGCUGCCGCACUAGGUACUAUACGAUAGAGAAAUUUUUGGAAAAACAUCCCAAUGCCACGUUGGAAAAUGUACCGAGAAGGGAAAAGAAAAAGCUGUCUUCUAAGGUGACUGACAAAAAUUGGAUAAAAACGAUCGUUGAUAUUAAAAGCGCUCCAAAAAUAGUUCGCAAGCUUGGCGUGUCGGCAAACUUUUUCGAAUCGUUUAAAUCUUCUGCUAUCGAAUGGGGAUUAUACGAACAAAUGAAAUUUUGCUUUCGGUACAAAUUUGGCUAUAAGUUGACUGUUGUUGAAUCCCGACAAAAACACGUCUUUAAAGGAACGAAAAUAUUAUUACAUCUCUUGGAAGGAUUUCGUACCGACACAAAACUUCAGCCAAAUACAUAUGCGCUGAGCGUAAUUGACGAAACAGCUAUGCGUGCAGUUUUGCAGGUCUCAUUAAAUUGGCCAGUUCUGAUCAAAAAUGUGCAAUCAUGGGAACUUGUCACGAGAGAUCGGACGGCGUUUGCAUGUCGCAUUCCUCCGAACUACAACACAGUGCUUGGUUUACGGGGCGUUUGCUUAAAUGCGUGUUAUGGUCUAACGAAACAUUUUACAAUUGAUCCGAAAAAUAAGAAACUCAACAAAUUUGAUGAAAUUCUAUACGACCAAUCAAUGGCAUUAUUUGUUGAGCGCUUUCGAAAGAUUUUCCAUUGGACCAUGCUCCUGAUGAUGUUAAAUAUUGAUGAUGUAGCUUUUGAAAGUGAACAACAAUACGACGGUGAUGGUACAACUUCUAACAAAGAUCGUGAUUCGUUGACCGUCCUACAUUCUAACGAAUGUACUCCUACUCGUGCUAUCAAUUCGAAGCACAAAGAUAUCGUUACGCCAAAAGAAAGAAUAUCUCAAGUGAAAGCACAUUCCAAAAGCAAGGACGUAGUAGCAACUGUAUAG